ACUUCGUCAGAAUCGACGCAAAACUUUCCAAAAUGGUGCUUGAGAGUACUAUGGUCUGUGUGGACAACAGUGAAUACAUGCGUAAUGGAGAUUUCCUGCCCACGAGAUUGCAGGCCCAGCAGGAUGCUGUCAACAUUGUUUGUCACUCUAAGACUCGCAGUAACCCUGAGAACAAUGUGGGUCUAAUCACAAUGGCCAAUAAUUGUGAAGUGUUGACCACACUUACCCCUGACACGGGACGCAUUCUCUCCAAACUACAUGCUGUUCAGCCGCGGGGCAAAAUCAGUUUCUGCACUGGUAUCCGAGUGGCUCAUCUGGCACUAAAACAUAGACAGGGAAAGAAUCACAAGAUGCGUAUCAUUGCCUUUGUGGGAAGUCCGGUGGAUGACCAUGAGAAAGAAUUGGUCAAGCUUGCAAAACGAUUGAAAAAAGAGAAAGUCAACGUGGAUGUGAUCAACUUUGGAGAGGAGGAGCUGAACACAGAGAAGCUCACAGCCUUCAUCAACACCCUCAAUGGAAAAGAGGGUACAGGCUCUCACCUGGUGACUGUGCCACCUGGACCAAGCCUGGCUGAUGCUCUCCUGUCCUCUCCUAUUUUGGCUGGAGAGGGUGGCUCCAUGCUGGGCUUAGGAGCCAGUGACUUUGAGUUUGGGGUGGACCCAAGUGCUGACCCUGAGCUGGCACUGGCCUUGCGUGUGUCAAUGGAGGAGCAGCGACAGCGGCAAGAGGAGGAAGCUCGCAGGGCAGCGGCUGCCUCUGCUGCAGAAGCUGGGAUCUCUACCCCUGCUGGAGAUGAGUCAGAAGAGGCACUGUUAAAGAUGUCUGUGUCACAGCCUGAAUCUGGCACAGCUAUGCUGCCAGACUUCAGUAGUAUGACUGAGGAGGAGCAGAUCGCAUAUGCCAUGCAGAUGUCUCUGCAGGGAGCUGGAGGAGAAUUUGGUGAAUCUAUUUCCAUGGAUACAGGAGUUCCAAUGGACACAGCCGAUUCUGCAAAGGAAGAAGAUGACUAUGAUGUAAUGCAGGACCCAGAGUUCCUCCAGAGUGUGUUGGAGAAUCUUCCAGGUGUGGAUCCCAACAAUGAGGCCAUCCGCAAUGCAAUGGGAUCCCUGGCCUCACAGACUGGCACAAAACCACCUGAUGGUAAGAAGGAUGAAGAGAAGAAGAAGUGAGAUACAACAAAGAAUGGCACAAUGGAUCAUUGUUUUCAGAACACACGUUCAGCUGAUUUGGAAAAAACAGUAUGUUAAUGACUAAGGGAUAUUUAGGUGGAUGUAGUACUAGUUUAAGACUGGGUUCACUGUGUGACUGAUGGAACUGCGAACAGUGAGCUUUAAGGAGGACUGACAGGCAGGCACAUUACCAACACAGGUACACCUUCUAGGUUUCAAAAGACUUUAUGCCUGUCUUGUCCUUCUGCUUUUUACUUUUGUUUUAUAAUCAGAAUCAGUUAACCACCUGCAUGUCUCUUAGUUCCUUGCUAUAGUUUUUUUUGCUAUUUCUUAACUUGUUGCCUGCUUAAUAAAGGAGAAAUAAAAUUCAGCUAUAAAAGACUGUUUAUUAAUAUAAACAAUAGUUUUGCUCUGGCAUAUCAGUGUUGAGUAAAAUGGAAAGGAAAUUUGCUCAGAGCUUCUUAAGAUGGUGUGGAAAUGUAUAUGAGCAUGCACCAGUAUAUUAAGUAGCAAGACUGAUACAACAGCAGUUCCUUUGUACUGCUGGGUGUAUGCAGGAGAAAACUCAUUGACUGCCUGGGUUCACCUUCACAUAAGGUUAUACCUCUCAUGUACAGGAUAAAAAUUCAGUUGCAUCAACUUGAUUACCAUUUUGGUUACAUUUGUUUAGUUGAUUCAUUAAUUCAUCAUCAAUAACUGCUUGGUCUAGAUUCAUAGUGGUCAGGAGCCUAUCCCAGAAAAUUGGAGGUGGGGGAGACAGGUUACACUGUGGAUGGGAUCUCCAUCCUCAAGGACUGUAGAGAUGAUAAAUUGCUUUCCUAAAGCUUGUAAUUAAAACCAAAAUUUCUUUACAUUUACAAAGGCUGAGAUUAGAUUUCACACUCCUUCCAACAGCUGAGCAGCAUGAGACCAGAGCCACCAUAUGCUCUUUCUCUGUGACAGUUUGACUCAUGCUGUAUUAAUUUCUUAACCUCCAUUACCUUUUGUAUGAUAGUGUCCCUUGCUGUAGCCUUAGUGACCGUGGCCCCUGUUUGAUGCAGACUUCAGUGCGAAUUCACUUGGAUUUUCAUAGAUUUUGUUUGUUUUGAGUUUUUCUAUUAAAGGUUAACACAUAUGUAUGUUUUAUAAGUGCUUAAGCGAAUGUUUUGUAAUAGCUAUGAAAUGUGAAUGAGGACAAACAACCAUAUAGUAAUGAAGGGAAACUGCCUUGUUAUAUCAAUGGUUAAAGUAACUUUUUUUUAAAUGACAUUUGGUGAUAUUUUACCAUAAAUUGGUGUCAGUUUUAGGGCUCAGCAAUCCAUAAACUUUUUCUGUUGACACUAAUGGUAACUGGUUUUCUGAAGGGAAUCAGGAAUAAAUUACCUUCUUAAGG